AUGAUUCGGAAUCUCCACACCACAUGUGCACUUCGAGCAGCUAAGUCUUUCAGGCGUCCCCAAAUCUCGAAAGGGAAACAAAAAGAAGACUUUGCAAAUUCUCAUCAGUCCGAAGAGAAAAUAUGGGACAGGCUCAACAUAUCCAAGCAUGAAUUCUUCAUCCGCAAAUAUGGUAAUAUUACACCUGAAGAACGCAAGAAGCUUGAUGAUAAAGUAAAAAGACAAAAGCUGUUGCGUGAAGCCAAGAAAAAGCAUUUGAUGGGUGACGACUACUACCAAUCCUCAAAACCUGCAAAACCUAAGAUGACCUUGAAUCCCUUAUGCGAAUACGUCUAUGGAACACACCCUGUGAUCGCUGCAUUAACUGCAAAGAAACGAGACGCUUUUAGCAAGUUGUUUAUUCACAAUACCAAAGAACACACGCCCAAGAUUCUUAAGCUUGCGAAGAACUUUGGAGUGAAGAUUAUAGAGAAGGACACAAAGGGCGAAAUGAAUGUUCUAAGCUCCAAUGGUGUACAUAAUGGGGUCGUUUUGGAAACGAAACCAUUGUCUUUCCCCUUGAUUCUGACCUUGGAGAAUGACUUUGAUGGCGAAACCGGUGAAUAUUCUGUCACUUUGAUGAAUGAACUUACAGGAGAUGAAAAAAGCUUUCAGCACACAGUGGCUCGCCACACGCCGCACAACUACAAAAGAUUUCCGUUUGGACUUCUCUUAGAUGGGAUUACAGACCCGCAGAAUGUUGGAAGUAUCAUCCGUACCGCAUACUACUUGGGCGUUGAUUUUAUUGUUAUACCCGAAUCUGAAUCGGCCCGGUUGGGUCCCGCAACUGCCAAGGCCUCUGCAGGAGCAUUAGAUUUGCUCACCAUCUACAAAACCGAUGACACGUUGACUUUCCUUGACAAUGUGAGAAAAAGCGGUUGGAAUGUGGUAACCACAAGCUCCAGAAUGAGUGAGGACGAGCUUAACUCAAUGAAAAGUAAGCAUCGGCCAGCGCUUGAGAACAAGUACAUUGAACCACAGGAGCUUCCUGCUCUCAUGAACCAAACACCAAUGCUUAUGGUAUUCGGAAGCGAGGGUGCUGGAGUGAGAACAAACAUCAAAUUUCGGUCGGACUACUUGGUUGGUCUUCCAAAAGGCCGGUUGGAAACUGAUGAAGUUGUUGACUCUUUAAAUGUUGGUGUGGCUGCAAGUCUUUUGGUAAGCAAGUGUUUCGAGUGA